GAGGACUGAGGACUCUGGAGCGGGGGGAAAAGGGGCUGGUUUGGUCAUUUUCAGAUAAUACCUGAGCAGUGAGCAUUUUGCACACUCACUCUCCCACUCUUUCAGUAGGAGAAGAGAGAGUACAGAGUACUGCUUUGUCCAUUUCCUCUCUCAAGUCUCUUCUCACAUUCAUUCCUUUGCUCACCCCCCCUACAUCUCUGAGUCCCUCCCUUCACUCUCUCUCUCUCUCUCUCCUCAUUCAUUCUCUCAUCAACUCAAUCUCUCUCUCUCUCUUUCUCUCUCUCUCCCCCAUGGCUUCAACAGUAGCAGUAGCAGCAGCUGCAGCUGAAGAACCCUCUGAGCAACCCCUGAAAUAUAAGACAUGGGUUUUGAAAGUUUCCAUCCACUGCCAAGGUUGCAAGACUAAAGUGAAGAAAGUUCUGCAGAGCAUUGAUGGUGUUUAUACAAUAAACAUUGACCAAAAGCUACACAAAGUUACAGUUACUGGCAACGUCGACGUGGAGACCCUUAUUAAGAAGCUGUUGAAGACUGGGAAACCCGCCGAGAUGUGGCCAGAGAAGCCCUCCGGCAAAGAGAAAAAGUCCGGCAAGGGCAAGAACAAAAGCAAAGAGAAUGACCCAAAAAGUGAAGAAAAUUGCAGCGAUGGCAGCCCACCAGCGGACGCCGUCCUGAAGCUUGCCUCUGCUCAGAAGCAUGGAGGUGAAUCAAGUGAUGAUCAAGAGAAAGAGUUGAAAAAUGGCGGGAAGGCGCCGGAAAAAGCUCCGGCCAGCGACCAUCCGCCAGCGGUCGAGCACAAGGGCAGUGAAAGUGGUUGUGGUACGGGAAAAAGCGGUGGCGGUAAAAAGAAGAAAAAGAAAGGGCAAAAAGGUAAUAAUACUCAGGGUGGUCCACCGGGUUCACAGCUAAGUGGUGUACCUGCAGGCACUGGAUCUCCAGCUCACAAUCCGGGUACGGAUCAAGUAAUGGGCACGGUGAAUCUCAGCCCUACACGUCAGGAACCGUGCCCGUACCCGCCAACCUUUUUCCCCCACCCGGUUUAUGUUGCCAGUUACAGUACGGCCCACCCUAGCAUAAGCCCUUAUCCUUACACUUUCGAGAUUUUCAGCGACGAAAACCCGAAUAGCUGUUCCAUUAUAUAACGAUCAGCAUUCAGCAUACGACGCAUGACGUCUGUCUAGAAUGCAAUGAAUAUAAACAUAUGAAUUUGUCGAUAGUCUCGGAUGCAAUUCUACAAAAUUUGAGCUUUGAGUUAAGAAAUCAGGUGAAGCUUGUUUUGGGCUUAUGGUAAGUAUUUUGUUUGGCCCUUUUUGUCCUAGGGUAAUGGUAAGUUUUUGUAGUGCUAAGUCUCUCCAAUGUAAGGUGGUCUUCUCUUCUUAUGUUAAGAUGAGUUUUUGUGAGCAAUGUUUGAUGUUGAA